ACUCUAUAUCUCAGCCAAUACCUAUUACUGCUCAAGAGGAAGAAGUAGCUAUAAAUGAAGAAAAUAUAAAGAAAGAAGAACUUAUAACAAUUAUUAAUUUAUUGUUAGAUUCUCUUGAUAUUUCAAACUAUUUAAAAUACU